AUGUCCUCGGUCAAGGCUCAUGUCCCCGUCAUCCUCUCCAACAAGGCUGCCAACUACACCUGCUGGUCGACAUUCUUCGAGGCGAUGGUCGGCUGGUUCGGUCUCCUCUCUCACAUCGACGGUUCUACUUCGGCGAACCUCGAUGACUCCUCCUGGGUGCAGGCGGACUGCACUGUCCGGAUAUGGUUGUAUUGCUCUGUCCAUGAAGAAGUCCUUGACGUCAUGAUAGAACUGAAUCAGACGGCACACGAUCUGUGGACUCGCAUCCAUGAUUUGUUCUACGCCAACCAGAACGCCCACGCCAUCUACCUCAGCCACCAAUUUCACUCAUUGAUGCAGGGUGAUCUGUCUGUCACAGACUACUUUCAGUGUCUAAAAACCACCGCUGAUGCACUUCGUGAUGUUGGCCACCAGGUUGAGGAUGCGGUUAAUGCUCUGCGUGGCCUCAGCCCACGCCUCAAGACCGCUAAUGACAUCAUCUCCUUUCAAGAUCCACUCCCAUCGCUCUCUAAGGUGCGCUCCUUGCCGCUCCUUCACGAACUAAAGGGUGCGUCGUCCACGGGCUCCUCCAACCGCGGCCACACCAAGGGUUGUAACAAGAGUCGCGGCAAGGGCGGUGGCCACCGUGCUACAGCCCCACUGCCGGUCCCUUCCACUGGACCAUGGGUGUGCAACACCCUGUGGGGACCACAAACUGUGACAUUUGCGCUGGCACAUCAACGCUCCUUCAACACUCCUGGCAUCCUCAGGCCAUGA